UAUACCUACACGCGCUUACUGCUGCCUAAGUGCCGGCUUAGGCGUGCUGCAGGCCAUCUAAGAAACAAACCCCAAAGCCAAAGAAUGUUUGGAAAGAUACCUGUAAUUAUGAUCUUACCUUACCUCGCCUUGCCAGCAGGCUCAGAAUCGGCCGUCUUCACUCCCACUUUUAUUUAAGCAUCUUAGGCCUCCCAUUUCUGCAGACUUCAGGAUAUACAGCGUAUUGCCGAGAAACCGACCGCGGUUUCCUCUUUAACCCAAUCAGAACUCGCAAGACUCCCUAAAUCACCGCAUCAAUACUCAUUCAAUGGACGUUCCCAAUGUUGUCGACCCCACCUUGACUGAGGCCGCCGCUGCCGACAACACCUCCGAUCUUGACCGUCCUAUCCGCGUAUUGGUGCAGACCCAAACGCACCUCGUUUCCGGCGACAGGUCUACCGAGUUUGGGGAGAGAUACGACGCAAUGGUGAACCUGAUCUGCCAGCACGUCUGGCAGCGCGAGUACGACAAAUUCCGCGAGCGCGACUGGAGCUACCACUGCCACUUUGCCCUGGAUAACGUCGAGUGCUGGUUCCUUGUCGACCACCACGGCCCGGACCCGAGUCCGCCGCCGGACCCGCCGAUUAUAUGGUAUCGAUGGACCGGAAAAGAAUUUGUGAUGAUGCGUGACCCGCUCCCUGGUAGGGUGCGUCGUGAGCUCCGGCAUUAUCCAUUCCAACGGGUUGCAUACCACCUCCUUAUUCAGGAGUACCCUAAGCGGCGAACUCCAAGGCGUUACAAAUCCCGCGCCGAGGAAAUACGUGUGAAACGAAAGAUGCUCCACAACACGUUACUCAGUAACCUGGGCUUGACUGAGGAGCUUCUACGAUUUGUACAGGAUUGUCCUGACGCGGCAGAAUGGGUGAAGGCACGGGUUCCACCGGAGACUUGGGCGAGACUCGAGGAUCCUUCGGAGAUCGUGCUACCACUCGAGCCGAAAGAGGGCCAUACCUGGACUGGGUCCUCAGAUCGGGUUGGCCGCCCAGAGAGUUAGAGGGGGCUGCAGUGAGCCUUUGCCGUUACAAAUUUCGCAGGAUGGAUCGGGGCGUAGGGAGGCGUCGGAACCGCUAGAUGGCGGUCUGGAUCUACCACUGCUUCUAAGAAACGUCAAGGGAGAUUCUCAAAAAUAUCACAUGCACAUUUACCUUGGGGAA